CGUAUAAACCACACGAUGGCUUUUGGCUUUGGAUUUGGUUGCAGACUGAAAACAAUGGCUACUUCAUCACUCAUUUCCUCAUCGUUUCUUCUUCCGAAUAGCUUAACGAUUCAACGACAAAACCAGCAGUAUCACAACACAACAAGCUUCAGGAACCGAGCAUCCUUCAAGGUCCUAGCUGCCAAGCUUCCUGCUGGAGUUGAAGUGCCAAAAGUAGGGCCCAAAUUCAAAGCACCGUUUCAGGGGUUUACGAGGACAGCUGAAAUAUGGAAUUCCAGGGCCUGUAUGAUUGGCAUAAUUGGUGUUUUCAUUGUAGAACUGAUACUAAACAAAGGAGUACUUCAGAUGAUUGGGGUAGAUGUUGGCAAAGGUCUUGAUAUUCCUCUGUAAAGAUUCAAUCCAUGGAGGCAAGCAUUGGCUUAAUUGGGAGCAAGUAAAGACAUUUUUGUUGUAUUAAAAGUGAACACAUUAUCUACUCCAAUAUCUGUAAUCUGUAACACUUUUUGAGUAUCAUAUGAAAUGUUUCGGUUUCAUCUGUGUUCAAGCUGCAAA